CCACAAUCUGUCUCGUUUUUCUCAGAGCACAGCGCUGCUCGUAGUUUUUAACAGUUCUCCUUGAGACUUGAGUGGUUAACCUGAGGUGUUUUCGUUGAACAUGGCAUCUGGGGUACCAUAUGAAAUCAGAGGAUCUCUCCUCCAGCAGAGUUAUCCCCCUUCUUCCAGCCUGUUAUCCCCACAUGGACGUAUAACUGGGGGCUCAGUGGCUUCCCUUGGCCUAUCCCAGCUCUCGUCAGGGUCCUCCCACCCACGCCUCUAUGGAGUCCACAAAUCUCAUGACCACUACCAGAAGAAGUACCGCCGACUUAAGAAACUGAUCAAACAGUUUGUGUUUAUUAACGCUGGGGUGUGUGAUGAGGUGGUUCGAUUGGAGGAACACAUCGCCAAAGCCAAAGAGGAAAGAAGGUUUCUGCUACGUAAGGUGUUGCAGUACCAGUCUCAGACAGAGGCUGCCUCACUCACAUGUGGUGCCCGCCCCAUCCCCCCAUCUCCUCAGCCAGGGUCCCUCAAGAGCCCAGGGGCCUCCUCCACCAUGUCCCUGGACAGCAGCACUGACAACAUCCCUGCGGAGAAAACUCCUGCCAGCAAGAGAAAGAAGAAACCAGCAGACAAGGCUUUGGAUAAGGCAGAGAAGAACAGGGUGGCCAAAGAAUUAAUGGAAUCUCUCAAGGCUAAACCAAAGAAGUCAAAGUCUCAGGGUGGUGGGAAGAAGGUUGUACCCCCGAUACCACUGGACACCCUUGGGCGACCCGUCUUCCCUUUGUGCCUGGGGAACCUGACUGUCCAUAGCCUAGGGGAGAUAGUGACUGACAGGCCGGGCUUCCACUCCCAAGACUACAUCUAUCCCAUUGGCUUUUGUAGUACCCAGGUGUAUGCUAACAUCAAAGAGCCUGAUCAGUCAUGUCUGUACACCUGUAAAGUGUCUGAAGAUGACCUCGGUGACCCUCAGUUUGAAAUUUCCCCUGAGGAUAGCAGUGAUGAGGUCAUGACAGGCCACACCCCAGACGAGUGUCACAUCCUCCUAUUACAGGCUAUUAAUCAGUCUAUUGGCCGAACAGUGGUUGAUCUGAAUCAGCGUAAGGGUGGGGAGUUUUUUGGCUUCGGUCACCCUGUGAUACAGAACCUUAUUCAGAGCUGUCCGGGGGCCAAGAAGUGCUCUGGGUACAAGUGGGUGAGGUACGAGGUUAGUAAGACAGCCACGUUGUCCAGCACCCCACAGACGGACCCCACCCUACAUGUGGAGGCUCUUCGCGAGAAGAUCUCCACCGUGACCAACUCAGCCCAAAACAAACAAGAACCGAUGAGUGUUCAGCAGGGGUCAGCCACAGAGGCAUCCACCAGUCUUCGUUCUCUGCUGACCAGCGGGCCAGGAAAGGCUCCUAAAAAGAUGUGAGGGCCAAUUUUGGUGUGGUCAUGUACAAAGUGUGAGGGCUACAUUUGUUCUUAAAGUGUAAAUACAGAUUAAAGCGUAAAGACUGUUAGGCAAACUGUGAGGACUGAGCUAAUGGAUGCCAGGCAGAUACUCUGAAGACUAAGCUGAAAGAGGUCAGUUAAAACUGUGAGGUUUGAGCUAUUGGAUGUCGGGGCACAAGCUGUGGGAACUGAACUUGUGGAGGUCAGGCACAAACUGUGAGGACUGAGCCAGUCAGGCAAAAAAAAGUGAGGGUUGAGCCAUGGAAAGGCAGUCACAAAAUGUGGGGGCUGAGCCAGGGAAAGCCAAGCACAAGCUGUGAGGACUGAGCCAGGGAAAGCCAAGCACAGACUGUGAGGGCUGAUCCAGGGAAAGCCAAGCACAAACUGUGAGGGCUGAGUUAGGGAAAGCCAAGCACAGACUGUGAGGGCUGAGCCAGGGAAAGACAAGCACAAACUGUGAGGACUGAGCCAGGGAAAGACAAGCACAAACUGUGAGGACUGAGCCAGGGAAAGCCAAGCACAAACUGUGAGGACUGAGCCAGGGAAAGCCAAGCACAAGCUGUGAGGACUGAGCCAGGGAAAGCCAAACACAAACUGUGAGGGCUGAGCCAGGGAAAGCCAAGCACAGACUGUGAGGGCUGAGCUAGGGAAAGCCAAGCACAGACUGUGAGGGCUGAGCCAGGGAAAGCCAAGCACAGACUGUGAGGACUGAGCCAGGGAAAGCCAAGCACAGACUGUGAGGGCUGAGCCAGGGAAAGCCAAGCACAAACUGUGAGGGCUGAGCCAGGG